AAGACUAUUAAGUAGUUAUUAGCAAUAGUAAAGUUGUUUCAUAGCCAGAUUAAGUAGAGAAACCUAAGUAGGUACACUAGUAACUGUUCUCUGAAUUCUUUCUUAGAAAAAUCACAUCUCAUCUAAUUUGUGAUCCAGUAAURUGUAUAUAUUGUGGUUAUUUCUAUAAUAGUUUUGUGCAUACCAAUUCCUUAUUGUUACUUGGAUCUAYUCUAGUUCACACUGUAGCCUGGUAGCAUGUUAUAGGUUGAUCUUCCAGUAAAUAUUUAAUUAUGUAAACUUAUUCAUUAAGUGGAAUCACCUGUAUUUGGGAAAAACAGCUGUAGUUCUGUUUGCCAAGAACAGGGAUUUACAAUGUGUAAAUUGUGACAACAUCACUACAUGUCCUUCAAAAAUGAUACCUUCUUGGCAUUUGAGAUCAGUAAGAAAGUCAGUAGUGUCAGAGCUAACUACUAGACCAAUGUCUACAUGUUGCUUCRUGUGUGUUAAGUGUGAGAGAAGUGAAGCACUAACUUCUUGUUUGGURUGUGAUGGAGGUCUGUGUAAACAAUGUUGGGAUCCAAUGCAUCAAAAGCUAAUGCAUCAGAUUGAUCUUAUGGUAAGUGCAAAAAAAGCAGAAUGGGAAAAUCAUUUGCAUGCAGUACAAAUCCAGUUAGAGAAAAGAAACAAAGAACUUGGGUUUACAAAAGCACAGCUGGAACAGAAAACAGAAGAGGUAGAUAGACUACAGCAUAAUGUGAARGAUAUGGAAUUGGCUCAGCAUGGUGUUAUUGAUGAGUAUGAACAGCAUGUGAUACGUUUAAAAGAAGAGGUUGAUAACUUGAAGUAUGAGCAUGAAAAGUUACAGAAAAAAUCUGGAAAGCAAACUUUUCAUGUGGAAAAAGAGCGUGAUCAGCUUUUUGCUGACUUGAAGUUGAAAGAAUCAGAAAUACAACGACUGAACAGCYGGAUUGAGGACUAUAAGAUCAAAGCAAAAGACUUUGAAGGAGCUCGCUAUGCAUUUGAAGAAAGAGUAAAUGCACUUGAAAGUCAGAAAAAAGCCCUYAUAGAAAAGACAGACCUCAGUCAGCAACAAAUUCUUGGGUAUCAAACACAGCUUAACAAAAGGCGACACAUGUUGGAAGAUUUAGAACAUGACCAUCAAAAACAACUGAGAGAGUUGCAGGCUCAGUGUAAAAGGUUAAAAGAUGAGACAGAGACAAAGGAUGACACUAUUGCAGAAUCUGAACAGGCUGCAGAACAAGAUCAACAAAAGCACUCAGAKGAUAUCAUGAAGUUAGAGCAUAGCUUAGUAUUGAAGGAUGAAGUCAUUAGACAAUUUGAAGGAGCAACUACAAGAGUGGAAAAUAUGGAAAUGAAAAAUUUAAAAGAAGACCUAAGAACAACAAGAAUUGAAAUACAGUCACAUGCUGACAAUGAAGCCUUCCUAAGAGAAGAACUUAAUCAUGCUAAUAAAAAGCUAGAGGAUGGCAACAAACUGAAUGCUAAAUUACAAAGUCAUUUGAAGAAAAAGGAAGAGGAAUUAAAGAAAAUUAAAGAAGAAGAAUUGCAAGGACUUGUAAAUGAAAUAGCCAAGCUGCAGGAAAAACUGUUUUCUGUAGAAGAAGGACAUUUUGGAGCUGUGCAUGGUAUGCAGACUGAAGUACAGACUUUAGCAUCUGAACUACAUAAAAGGGACACAUCCAUGGCAGAUGUUAGUGAAAGAAUCCAAAGAAUGGAGAAAGAUUUGAGAGAUGCCACUACUAGAUAUGACAGCUGUGCUGCAGAACUACAGGUGACCAACGCACAAUUAGAAGCACUYAGGUUAGAAAAUAAACAUUUACGAGAUUCAGCGCAUGAUCAACUGGACCUCUCUGAUGUUUACAAGGGCAAUAUGGAGUUCAUUGCACAAGUAGAGAAUGAAAACCGAGAGUUAAGAAUUGAGGUGGUGCAUUUACGAGAUCAACUGUCCUUAGAGCAAGCCAAUCAACAAAAUAAACUUUAUCAAGCCUUAACUGACAGUGAAGCAAGACAACGUGAACAUCUGGGUAGUGCUGAACGAAAAAUUGCGACAUUAGAGGAUAGAUUGGGGUCCACUAUAAAAAACUACGAAGCACAAAUACAUUUCUUGAAGAAUGAAAACCGUAAAAUGKCAAAAACAAGAUGGUCGUCUGACAAGAAAGGGACCGUUGAAAAUAAAAAUAGACUAGAUGGGGGUCACACAAGUAACAGUGAAUAUACGGACACUGAAGCUUUAACUUAUGCAGACCUUGGAGGAGCAGCCACAACAGAGAACACUGCUGGUAGUUUUGGAUCAAGAAGAACAUCUCUGACUGCCGACUUUAUAACCGAAGAAAAUCGACGCGAAAAAGAACUUCAGCGAAUUUUAGAUGGCCGAAUAGCUGAUUUAAAAGCUGAUACAGACUUAAUUAUUCAAAAGUAUACAUAACGUCCUUUAAUGUUGUUCAUGAAUACCUUGUAUUAUUAUUUAUUUAUGGCAUUGUACUGGGGUCGCUUGUACGAAGGGUGAAGAGCAGUGAUCUAGUAGAUAACUUUAUCAAUCCUACGCGCAGCCGGCCCUAGAGAGAAAAAAGUGGUACUGUGUUAAUAAAAUUCUAUWCUGUACUGAA